UUCCUGUAACUCAGCCGGCAUGAGUGUUUCUGGGUGAAACAUUCUGAGUGUGUCUGCUGGGUGCUGUGAGGGGAGCUCGGCAAGCUCAGAACUCCAGACAUGGAAGUAGUGACCUAUGAUGACGUGCAUGUGAACUUCACUCCAGAAGAAUGGGCUUUGCUGGAUCCUUCUCAGAAGAGUCUCUACAAAGAUGUGAUGUUGGAGACCUAUAGGAAUCUCAAAGCUAUAGGUUGUAUUUGGGAAGACUAUACUAUUGGUGAACAUUUUCAAAGUUCUAGAAGACAUGGAAGGCUUGAAAGAAGUUGUACUGGAGAGCAACCCUCUGAGAUUACUCAAUGUGCCAAAGCUUUUGCAUAUCAGAGUCAUACUCAAAGGCAUGAAAGAACUCAUAGUGGAGAGAAACUUUAUAAAUGUAAUCAGUGUAGUAAAUCCUAUGCAGGAUAUAGUGGUCUUGAAUAUCAUAAAAGAACACAUACUGGAGAGAAACACUAUGAAUGUAACCAAUGUGGUAAAGCCUUUACAGGAAGUAGUACCCUCCAAAGACAUAAAAGAACACAUACAGUAGAGAAACCCUAUGAAUGUAACCAAUGUGGUAAAGCCUUUCCAAAAAGGAGUGACCUCCAAAGACAUAAAAGAACACAUAUGGGGAAGAAACCCUUUAAAUGUAACCAAUGUGGUAAAGCCUAUACAGCGCAUAAUGGUCUUGAAUAUCAUAAAAGAACACAUACUGGAGAGAGACCCUAUGAAUGUAGCCACUGUCAUAAAGCCUUUAUAGGAAGUAGUGACCUCCAAAAACAUAAAAGAACACAUAGAGGAGAGAAACCCUAUGAAUGUAACCAAUGUGGUAAAGCCUUUGCAGGAAGCAGUGGUCUCAAAUAUCAUAAAAGAACACAUACAGGAGAGAAGCCCUAUGAAUGUAACCAAUGUGGUAAAGCCUUUACAGGAAUGAAUGACCUCCAAAAACAUAAAAGAACACAUACAGGAGGAAAACCCUAUGAUUGUAACCAAUGUGGUAAAGCCUUUGCAGGAAGCAUUGGUCUUGAAUAUCAUAAAAGAACACAUACAGGGGAGAAGCCCUAUGAAUGUAACCAAUGUGGUAAAGCCUUUGUUGGAAGCAGUGGUCUCCAAUAUCAUAAAAGAACACAUACAGGGGAGAAGCCCUAUGAAUGUAACCAAUGUGGUAAAGCCUUUGCUGGAAGCAGUGGUCUCCAAUAUCAUAAAAGAACACAUACAGGGGAGAAGCCCUAUGAAUGUAACCAAUGUGGUAAAGCCUUUGCUGGAAGCAGUGGUCUCAAAUGUCAUAAAAGAACUCAUACAGGGGAGAAGCCCUAUGAAUAUAACCAACGUAGUAAAGCCUUUUCACAAAGCAGUAGUCUCAAAGAUCAUUAA